AUGAAAACCAACAAACUGAUCCUUGGUCUGGCCUUCUCCGUACUGGCAACUGGCGCUUUUGCAUUGCCGGCCGCCAAACACAUCAACGCGCCAAUCGUCGCUGAAAACGGCUCGUCCCAUACUCACAUCAACCGCGUUGCCGCCGAUGGCGCUGACCGUGUAGGUGCCAACCGCGUUGCUGAAAACGGCUCCGAAAAACCUCAACUGGGUCGCAUCGCUGCUGACGGCGCUGACC